CUCUUCUAUUCUCUUUGUUUCCCUGAAAAUAUUUAGAAACUAAAACUCAGAUUCAAUUCAAAUAAUCAUUGGAAUCUUAUUUAUUUAAUCAUUUUUUCUGUUUUAAAAAAAAGGAGACAGUAAUAUUAGUAAUACAGAGAUAAGGAUGCAGCAAAAUAGUGGUUCCGAUUCGCAAGCACCGGCGCAACCUUCGCAAGAACACAACCAACGCCAACAACAACCGCCACAAUCACAUCCGCAGUGGUUGGCGAUGCAGUAUCCGGCGACAGCUAUGGUAAUGCAGCAUCAGAUUAUGCAACCGCCCCACUUUGUGGCGCCGCCACUUCCACCUCAGCACUACAUGCCAUAUCACCCUCGUAACCAUCAGUUCCAGCAACACCAUGGAAACGUGCAACAGGCGCAGCAGCAGCAGCAAGGAUCCAACGGCGGCGGAGAGAACAAAACCAUUUGGGUUGGUGAUUUGCAUCAUUGGAUGGAUGAGAACUACCUUCAUAGCUGUUUUGCUUCUACCGGACUUGACCCUAAUGUGACCGAGGAAGAUCUCAGGCAACCUUUCUCCCAGUAUGGUGAAAUAGUCUCUGUUAAAAUACCUGUUGGAAAAGGAUGUGGGUUUGAACAAUUUGCCAGCAGGAACAAUGCUGAGGAGGCAUUGCAGAAGUUGAAUGGGACUAUAAUAGGCAAGCAAACAGUGAGACUCUCUUGGGGCCGCAAUCCAGCAAAAAAGCAGUUUAGAGCGGAUUAUGGUAACCAAUGGGGCGGAGCUUACUAUGGAGGAGCUGCGUAUGAUGGUUAUGGAUAUGCUUUGCCAUCACCUCACAACCCGGGCAUUUAUGCGGCAGCAUAUGGGGCGUAUCCAUUCUAUGGAAGUUAUCAGCAACAAGUGAACUAAAAUAGUAACAGCAGAAAGAGUAGUAGCUCUUGAGCAGACAACUCACACUAGAGGAGAGGCGCAGCUCUCUUGGU